AUGCAAGGCACUGAGAUGAAAGGCGCCAAUAUUCGUCGCGGGAAAGAUAUGGCGGAGCACUCAUUGAGAAAACGACCGAAGAUCUUGCUGUCAAAUUUCAGCGCUGAAGAAAGAAAAGUUCUUUCUGAUAAGAUACGCAGUUUAGGAGGAAUAAUUUACGAAAGUUCUAAUUACACACCACUUGCAACCCAUAUAAUAUGCAAAACACCAUCAAGAGGGGAGAAGUUUAUUUGUGGAUGCGUGUCUGGCAAAUGGAUUUUACCACAGUCAUACAUUAUUGAAAGCACAAAUAAAAGAAAAUGGCUAGAUGAAGAGAGUUUUGAAUGGACAAUAGAGCAUUGUGAAACAGAUUCACCUUUAAGAGACUUGUUCUCAUUGCCAAAGAAAUGUAAGAGAUUUCUGAAACACCAAAAACUAGUAUUUCAAAAUUGGAUUGUUCUGCUUAUUUUCACUUCUCCAAAGAAAAAGGAAAGCUACAAAAGGCUUAUAGAAGCUGGCGGAGGACGUGUUGUCAACUGGAAACCACCGUAUCGUGGAAGUGACUUAAAAGUGAUUAAAUUUGUUAUAUAUGACGAUAUGAAAAAAAGAGAACUUUUUACUCUGAAAAGAGCCAAAGUGCCAAUGAUCAGCUGUGAAGACAUGAUUGAGUAUGUCAUCAAGGGAACAAAUCCACGAUUGUCUAACAAUGCUGACAAGACGUCUCCAAAGCAAGAAAUGAAAACGCCACCAUCAGCCAAUAAUAAUAACUGUUUCCAAUUGUCGAGUGGUUUAGGCUACAAAAACAUCAUCAAAUCAUCUGAAAGGGAUAACUUGACUUUGAGAGAAAAGCAUGCCAAAAAACAGACUGUUUUAAAAGACUUCUUCAUUAAAAUUGACAAAAUUCAUGGCCAGAAUAAAACAUCGUCUUCAGUAGACAAGAAAGUGGAUGAUCUAAGCUCCUCUAAUUCUGAUGUUAAAACGCCAUGUUCCCCAUAUUCACGAAAGACUACCUGUCUGAACAAUUUUCACGUCAGGAAAGAUAUAUUUGGGAGUAAAGCAUUAUCAAGCUACCAGAGAGAUUCUCAACGUGCGAAAGAUUCUUCGGCUCGUGGUUUUUCAGAAGCUGAAUUGAAGCAGAAUGGUUCAAUUCCAAUUCAGCAGAUGAAAGCGAGUGAUAAAAGCGGUGUUCUCUCUGCGAAAAGCCAAGGAUCGUCUGGCAUUGAUUGCUCAUCUCUUUUAGUCAAGUCAAAAGCACACUGUGAUGUAAUUGAAAUUGUUGACACUGAGGAUAGUCAAAACUGUCUAAAGGCUGGGAAAGACCACUGCAAUACAGCAAAAUUUGAGGCUGCACGUGUAAAGGAUAAAGCUUUUUCCAGCUCUGUUUCCCCAAAAGUUGGUCCUGUUAUUCAGCAUGACGCAAAACCAGUUCUUUCAGUGGCUUGUGAACCAACUGCUGUUUGUGACAAGGUCCAGAUUUGUGAGGUGCCAGCACCUUGCUCCAAAUCAUUAGAGGUAAAGCCCAUCAAAGAAACAACUAGCACUAUGAAGGUUAUGCCUUCUCAAGAGAAACAAGUUGAAAAAAGAAAGCAAGAUCUGCUGCAGUGUCAGGAAAAGGUUGAGACAAAAAACACUGUCAAAACUAGAAAAAGGAAAGCUAUGGAAAUCGAUAUAUCUUUUCUGCUCGACAACUCUGGUCCUAAGACACGGUCUUCUGGCAAUAACAAAGCUGCUAAAGAUGUUAAAGUGACUGAAAGUCCCCCGAAAAAAACAAAAUUGAUUGAGGAGCUUCACAUCACAAGUGAACCAGUCAGCCAUUAUGCACCCUCAUUGCAACCGUCACACGAUAUUACAGGGACUAGAAGACGUUUCCCGUUGCAUAGAAAUGGGACAGAUCUCAUCGAAGGAUGUCUGGAAGAAGAGCACUAUCAAACAGCUGUUAGAAUGAUGUUGAACUAUUUAACACCGACGUUUUACUUGCCUUCAAGAAUGAUUCACACUUUGAUGGAAUUACAACGUAAACCAGUGGAUACCUUGGAUCGUUCGCUUGCCAGCUGUAUACGUUCCAUCCUCAACCGCUGCGUCCUUCUGCAUCCGCCUCAGUUUUUGCAACGGGUUUAUUUGGCUGCGUUUGCACCACCGCUAGACAGUGAUGACCAAGUCAAAGAACCGGGACUUGCCUUUGAAUACAUAAUGAGUACAUUCAGAGACUUCAAAGCAAUAUUCAGUGAAGGGAGAGUAGAGAAUAGCAUCAGAAAACAAACACUGAUGGAUCUUAUCAAGUUUAUCGUAACCGUUUUAGAAACUGAUUUUAUGUUUCACGCAAAAGGGUUAGAAUCUUGUAAGAUUAUGAGCGGAAAGGGAACUUCCAGAAAACGACCUGUUUUGGCACAGAUGCUUUGGGUCAACGAAUCGGCAACUGGAAGCGGUGCAAUGACAAAUGAAUUGAUCAUGUUUGCGCUCGAACUCACCAGAGUUUCCCAGGAUAUCCCUGAAUUGGUUGCCUUGCGAGGCCUAGUUUUUCGACUUAUACGUAUUGCCGCAGAUUGUUGUCAGUUGUGUGACGUCAGGACAGUGUCAAUUGCAUACGGACCAGCGAGUAGGCUCUUCACAUUAACAUUUUGUGAACUCGUGAGCAACUAUCUUGCCAAAAGUGGAACGAGACGAAAAGACUCCACUUCAAUCUUUGCUUUUCUGAAGCCAAAAUGGCUGUUGACUCGUCUAGCUGACUUUAUGAUUGGUUCAUAUGACGCCACGAGAGUGAAAGACGCUUCAAGAAAGCUGCUUUCGAAACCGUUAUCAUUAGAAAAGAUUGUUUCGUGCUAUUUUCACCUGAUUCCAACGCAUGGUAAUGACACAAUGGUGACUGAUGUAAGCAAAAGGAAAAAAAAGAAUUCCUCAAAGCCACUGUCCGUCAUCGGGAAUACGGAGACCUCAAGAAUCAAUGCAUCUCGAGGUCAAAACGAGAAAAGAAUUGCUGUCAAAAGAAAUGUCAAAGGUGAAACCCAGCUGCAUGUAGCCUGCAUCAAAGAUAGGCCUACGGACGUGAAGCUCUUGCUUUUGAAUGGCCUGGACCCGAACCUCAAAGACAACGCUGGCUGGACGGCGCUGCACGAAGCAAGCAACCAUGGACAUACCACUUGCGUUGCUGAAUUACUCAAGUGUAAAGACUUGGAUGUUUUUGCUACUGGUUUAGGCGGCUUUUCCGCUCUACACGAUGCAGUUGCAAACAACCAACUGGCGGUCGCAAAACUACUCAUCGAAGCUGGAGGAAUAACCCUUCUCGAAAUGAAGACCGACAGCGGACAGACAGCUUACGAUCUUGCAAAUACUAACACUCUCAAAGACCUGAUCAUGAAAGGUCGAAAGGCACAAUCCUCCAAUGCAAAAAGUGGCCUAACCAUUUCCCAAAAAGUUUCCCAGAAAGACCUUGAAGAAUAUCUUUUAUUGCUGACAGUUUUAUUAAGAAACGUGACGGGCAGGCUUGAUGAGACGGAAUUAGAUUUUGAAGAAAUGGUGUUAAACUUGACGAACCACGCUAAAAACGUCUGCAGAAAGCAGACAACGGUGUCAAGGAUGUUGCUGUGUGUUAUUAAGGGUCUUGUUUGUUAAUUACAAGCUAAUCUUGAUGCUAGAGGCGGAUGACACGAAUUUUUAUAUUAUUUCCAAUAUUAAAUGCUAGGGUUUAGGACAGUUCCGACUGUACUUCCAAUGUUGUUGUUGUUUUUGUUGUUUUUGUUCAUAUCCUUAUACACUAUAAAUGAUGCUUAUACCCUGGCUUUGUGAAGCCCGUCUUGUUAUAAACACGGAUACAACUAUGGGGGGAGGGGGCACGGCUGGACAUAUGGCUGUAGCUUUUAUUUAUGCUACAAUAUCUCAACAACCUUUCCCCAUUGAUAGUCAGGCACUUUCUAGUGGUAGGGACAUAAAAAUUGACUGUCCAUGAUUGUAGUAUGGGUUCACCAAAAAUAGUAACAUUUACCAAGAAUUCCUCGCUACUGAGUUUUUUGCUUGUGUGGUUCCAUGACCUGUCUCUAUAGAUGGGUGAAUCUGUGACGUCAUGAAAAUACUUUUAGAUUUUUUAGAUUUUGAUUAUUUGACCUGAAAAUUUGUUAUGAAAUAGACCUCAUGUGAUAAAGCAGUCUGAUCUUACCUAAAUUGGAUGAGAUUAAGCCUAAAAGGCACACGCAAAUGCUGGACCUCUCUCGUGUCAUAUAUCUCAACUAGAAUUGAUAAUAUUUGACUGAUUUCGCAUAUUUUGGUUUUAAUGAUUUCAUCCCAAGCAACUCGAUUAUAUUCUAUUGCUUUUUGAAAACGCUUACCAAAGCAAUAUACAGAUUUUCAAAUUAGCCCCUAGAAUUUGCAUUGUAAAAAAGACAAAGAACAAGGAACUUGUCCGAUGUUUAUUAAUUAAGAACGAGUUUUUCGUGCCACCUUGGAUGCAUUGUACAGAACUUCUCGUUAUGUAGAAUCAAUAGAGUUCUAAAGUGUGACGUCACCAAAAACCUAUUUUUAAAAUUGUUGAAUUUUAACUACGUAGCAUAAAAGAUCACCAUGAAAUACGCAAAAUUGGCAAAAUAUAUCCAAAAUCGUUUGAGAUAUGGCCAACAAAAGAUUUGAAGUUUGCUAACGAAUCACUGUUAUUUUUGCUCUGUUCAUAAAGUUAUGAACAGAGACCAAAUGACAGAGGUUCGAUGGGGAAAGAGCCAAUACACACGUGGCCAUAUAUCAACCAAUUCGUGACAUAUUUGACUGCUUUUGCCCAUUUAGAGGUAUUUCAUGAUGUUUUUUCAGGCUAUGGGAUCUAAAUUCAAAAAUUCUGAAAAUAGAUUUUUGUGACGUCAUCACUUUAAAACUCUAUUGGCUUUAUGUUGUGUUUUGAAAAUUUUCAGGUAGGAAACAGUGGAAUCGAAGUCAGCCUGUGGGAUACUUUAUAGGUUUUUAUUUUCUGAACGAGUUUAUUGGAAACCACCUAACACUUUCACAAAAUUUUAUUGUAAAAUUUUCCAAUUUUGAUCACAUAUCCUAAAAAAGAAUUUUUAAAUCACUCAAGCAUGCGUGAAAUCAUCUUUGUGUGUUAGAAAUUUGCUGGGAUAUGGCCACAUAAGCACAAGCUUUUUCUCCGUAAAACCGCUGUAAACAGAGUUAGCAAACUUUGAUUGGCAAUAUAUCAACCCACCUUUCAAAAGUAUGUUAACAGCCCCUUUUCAACUUCUUAUUUCAUUUUUAUAUUUAAAGAUAUUUCGUUUUGUCUAUUUGUUUUAUGUGGUCAAAAGUUUUAAAGUAAAAAAUAAAUUUUUAUGACGUCACACUUUAAGACUCUAUUGCAUACUGAUCUUGUUUUAUUAGAUAUUUCAAUUCAAGGGGUACGUCAUACUAAAGUUCCUUUGUAAAUUACAAUGAAUUUCGGGACAAUUUUUUUCUCUCUUUUAACAUUGCCAUAGCAAAUGCUGGCACAUUUUUCCUACACCGAAAAUGCUUUCAAUUAUCCUGUAAUUGUUUCUGUUUGUGAUCUCUAUCGCUCAAUUAAAUAUAUAUUUUAGACCUGUAAAUAAUGAGUGUUCGGUUUUGUUUAUGUUAUUUAGCAGUGGAAAAUGUAAAGAUAUAAAAAAGACCAAUGGUUGCCUUUUUGACUGGUGUUCUUUUAGGCUUUAAUGUCUCAGAGAUCUUUGGUACUUAAAGUUUGAUCAAGUGGCUGAACUUUGGUCAAGUAGCUGAUAUUGUUCGAACACUCCCUUGUGUACGUGAAUAAUCUUAAUAUUUAGCUCAUUUAUCGCGUAUCAGUUUAUUUCUUUACAUCCGUAAAUCUCACAGUGCAGCUUUCAUAAGCAAUACAGAUGAAAUCUCAGUACAAGAGAAAACUAAAAUUAAAGAUUUUAAAGUUAUGAAACUAAACUGAAUGAAAGAUGAAAUACAUGUUUGGGCUUCGGAUUAACACUCUUUCAUUUGUUUCCUUGGCUCUUUCAAGAUAUAUCCAUCGCCCACUAUAUUAGAGCGUUGGUAAACUUUAAGCUUUAUGUUGUUAAUCUACAGGUUCUUCGAACUAAUUUUCAACAGUGACUAGGUCACAAAAUCUUAUUUCGGAAUUUCUUUAUUUUAUAAAGUAGUCUGAAUUAACAUCAUAAAUUAUCAUGAAUAUGAUUAGAAAAAGGGAACGCUAUCGCGCUACUAAAGCAUCGUGUAACAUUUUUUGAUCGUUGCAAAUUACUGCGCAUGCGCUAUUGGAUUUCUCCUUCGUUGCGCGCAACUAAACAGUCGAACAUUGCAAAUACCAUUUAUGUUUUCCAUCAAAUCAAUAUAGUAUAGUCAUGUUUAGAAAGUUAUCAUUAUGAAAUUUGCUUUCAGGGAUUAUCUUUCUAAAUUCAAAGAAACAUUGUAAACGGAGAAAAUUAUGACGCUAACUGUUAGCUCUGCAAGCGCCUUAUAAACAGAAAGCUUUGCUAGAUAUAAACGCCCUCGGCAUUUGUGGAAGACCUUUAUCUUCAACCUUUGUUGACCAUUUCCUUAUAUCAAUGGGAUUUCAAUACAACCAGCUGUGUUUGUUUUAAACUGAUGUUAUUUACGAUAAUUCAUGCGUAGGAGCCUGAAAUAUUUUGAGGGAUAGUAAACAAAUUUGUUUGUUUUUAUCUCCCUUUCUGACAAUGCUGCCUAGAAAUAUCCAAGGCUCGUGGUCUAAUCGGAUAGACAGAAAAUUAUCAUCAAGCACUGAGACGUAAUUAGAAUUCCACUGCAAAGUUGCUUGCGCUGCAGUUUCGAAAACAGUUGCCCCCGCUCAUACAAUCUCGUUUACAAAACUGAUCAAAUCGAUGGUU